AUGGAUACUGUGUUACCUACGGGGCCUGGUGCGUGGGAAUUACAAGAGGCUCUCGUUGAAUUACAACGUCGUGGCAUUCUCAAAUGUUUAAUCUCGCAAAAUUGCGAUGGUCUACAUUUGCGUAGCGGCAUGAAUCCAGCUCAUCUAGCUGAAUUGCAUGGCAAUAUGAAUUUGGAAAUAUGUAAGAAAUGUAAAGCUAAAUAUUUACGAGAUUUUGAUACGGACAGUGACCGUUCAAACCAUUUGACUGGUCGUCGGUGUGACAAACUCGAAUGUCGUGGUCAAUUGAAAGAUUCAAUUAUUAAUUUUGGCGAAGACUUACCUGAAGAUGAAUUGAACAAAGCCUUUGACCAUGCGGACAGGGCCGAUGUCUGUCUCGUUCUAGGCAGUAGUUUGACUGUCACACCGGCAGCUGAUAUUCCUCGUCGAGUGGCUAAACGAAAGAAAAAAUUGAUCAUUGGUAAUCUGCAACGCACUCCGUUGUAUAAUCGUGCGACAUUAAAUAUUCACGCAUUCAGUGAUACAAUCAUGCAGGGUUUGAUGGAACGACUGAACAUACCAAUUCCACCAUGGAUUCUUCGACGACAUGUUCUUGUCACAUGUCAAAACGAUAGUGAUAAACAUAAAUCUACAAUCACCAUCGAAGGUCGUGAUCCGGACAACAGCGAAAUUCCAUUUACACUGUUUAAAUCGAUUCAAAUGGCCAUUGGAGAUCGAGCAAAAGAAGAUUUAACUCGAGAACCAUUUGUCUUUGAAGUAUCCAACAAAAAUGUUCAUUCAAUCACUGUUCGACUCAAUUUCUUUGGUCAUUACAAUGAAAUUCCAUUCGAUCUUUAUUAUGUCAAUGUGAAAAAUAUUCCAACAGAAGAACAAUUCUACUUAUUCUACAAUCCGUUAAAGGGUGAAUGGCGUAAAACAAACGACGAGACUGAUUUACCCGUUUGA